AUGAAGCUCCCCAAGCCUGAAAAGAAAUCCAAGCUCGUGGACAACAAACAAGACGCAAAAGCUCAUGACGAAGCUCUCGAACGCAGUACGGAUUUGGACAAAGUUCCACUUACCCCAUCGAAACCUGAUGCAACCGAGUCGCCAAAGCGCAAAACUCGCUGGAAAAUCCCCGACAUGAAGCAUCACAACACUUCCAAACCAUCAAACAACCAAAAAGAACUAAAUGAGACAGACCCUACUGACAACAACGGUCGACAGAGUUCCCCUUCUCCUCGUGUUCGUAAGAAAGAUAAACGCGAUAAACGUCAACCAGUCGACUAUUCCAGCGACAGUGAACAGGAAAACCAGACAAAUGGUCUGUCCCCACUGCGUCGACACAAACCGGAAUCGGACGACACGCUGCCGCUUCCAGAGUCUCCAUACAACACGUACCGCCUUCAACAACGACGAGAACAUCUCGAGGUACCUCCUGUGUACCAACCUGAAGUUCAUUUGAUCGGUGAGAUCGUCAGUGGCCACGGAUUCGGAGUUUAUGGGGGCUUGACGUGCAAGUGGCGCGUCGAGUAUGGCAGUCGCUGGAGUCUCGUCGCUGGAGAUCAGUCCGGCCAAACGCAACUUGACUAUCCGUCGACAGCUCCGUGGACUUCCGAUCCAGACGUGGCUGUGUGGUCUCACCCGAUUGACUUGCACUUCGCGACUUCAGCCUUCCAGGGAUGGCCCAAAACGGCUCUUCCAAGUGUGGAGAGCAGACUCAAGCAUGAAGUUGCAUGUGGUCGGGUACGGCUUCGUGCCAGUGCCUUUCGCUGCUGGUCAGCACAAGCUCUGGGUUUCACUGUGGCGUCCACUUGGUACUACGAUGGAAGAGCUGGAUGUACAGCUGCUUGGACGCACUCCAGAGUUAAGGAGUGA